AUCACGCUUCAUAGAGUUCACGACGACGCCUCAACGAUUACACUCCACCACGAGCAAACCGAGAAUCAUGGCUCCGUCCACUAUUCAGGGAGGCAUUCCUUGGGACCUUCUCAUUGAGUUUGCCAGAGAGAAGAAGGCGGAGGAGGAGCAAACUGGCUUGCCUGCGCUGUUGGACAAGCAGCAAACCACCGCUAUCUCGUCCCUCAUCUCGCUCAUCCCAGAGCCUGAUGUCACCGAAGGGAACUGGAUCAGCGCUUUGAGCGAAUACUGCCAGCAGAAUACGCACCCUCUCCCGCACUGGCUUCCUAGUGAGACGUUCAGCAUCAUGGCCCACGGGGUGCGUCUUCAGCGUUCUCGCGUCAGCUGCCAUCUCUCUUGGUGCAACCAGACGUUCCCUCAGGAAGGAUUCGGGUACGAGGCCGGCCAAGAUCCCCCUACGUUCAAGCAUGCGAAGCAAGCGAAGCAGUUCGCAGCCAUGCAGGCGUACAAUUACAUCCAGACCACCCGGGGAGACAAGCGUCCUGCCUCCACGACCCAGGGUUCCCCCUCUCGAACUAGAGUCAAGGCUGAAGAGGACAACUCGGACGGAGGCGUUUCCACGACUGCUGCGCCUCCCCAGACCAGCGGCCCCUCCAGCAGUGCCAUCUUGAUCCGUGAGCGAGUCGCCCUUCUCGCAGGUCAGAUGAACUACGGUAUUCCAGAGUACUUUAUCGAACAGGACGGCGAAACUUGGAGAGGCCGCCCAAUCUUUAGAAACGAUGGACGGAUCCCCGAGGGUGUGGGCGCCGUGAGCGGCCACGCUGAUCGACAGCAGGCUGAGGAUGCCGUCGCUGAGAAGGUCCUCGAAUGGCUCGAUAAGGAGUUGCUGGCCAAGGAAGCGCUGCUUGGCAAGACUACAAGCCAGAUCUGAGGCCUUGUGGUAUAUGCUGUUGUUGUUGUUGUUGUUGUUGUUGUGCAAGGGGCGCUGGAGAGCUACAAGAGUCAUGUCAUGGCUGUCAAGGACAAAGAUCAGGAGAGAGCAGCCACAGCUAGUAAACGAAUUCACGACCUUUCAAAU